CACACUGUAUACCUAGCUAAGUGUCUACCUACCUAGCAGGUAGUUUAACCAUGUUAAACCAAGUAUUUAAUUAAGGUGGACACCUAUAUCUUUCUGUUGCAUAUAUUUAGGCAAACAAAACACCACAGAAAAGUAUUUUUAGUAUCGUAUUUAUGGUUAUUUAACCCUUUAUCAGCUGUUUAGCUCUAGCUAAGCUGCUCUGUUACUGAUGGUUAGGUGCUCAACAGCGCCAUUUUUGAUCCAAUGUGGCCAGAAUGAGUAACUUCAGGCUGUCCGCGGAGGUGGGGGCGGCCGCACUGAGUCUGCGCAGCGCUGCUCCUCCGCUUUUCUACGAACUUUCUGGAUCUCUGGGCGCAAAUCUUACUCGCAGACAGGAUUUAGAGGUCUGAACUCAGAGACUGAAGUCUUGAGUCUCUCUCCUGGUGGAGUGUGUCCGGCACUGAUGGUGAACUGCUGCUGCUGCUCCACAUCUGAGGUGAGCUAACAAAGAAUCUGAGGAAGAACUGAAAUAUAAGCGCAUUAAUUAUGUCAUCUUCACUGUACCAGAGCCAGGAGAACACGGUCCGCUUCAAAAAGCGGAAAGCAAACUUUACUUUCAGUGAGGUUCACAUUCUUCUGGACGAAGUGCGGAAAAAUCGGCACAUCGUUGUGGGUAAGUAUAACUCGGGGGUUCCAUCAGACGCGAAGAGAAGAAAGUGGUCAGAGAUUACGGACAGAGUUAACGAGAUUGGCGAGUGUGACCGCGAGGUAGGUGAAAUCAUCAAGAAGUGGUCCGACCUCAAAUGCGACACCAAGCGCAAAAUAGCUGCAUUGCAUUCAGGCAACAUUCCGCAUGCAGCGCUUGCCCAGGCCGAGCUGUCCCCCACAGAGUGCAUCGUAGAGUCCAUCCUGGAACUGGACAAGAAACCGUGGGAGGCGGAGCUUCCUUCACGCUCUCGCAGCCGCAGCACGGAUCAGGACGGAGGCGGCAUUGAUGAUGAUGAUGACGCGGGGUUCUUGGGAAUGGGUUCUAUUCAAAGCUCCUCCAGCCUGGCUGCUGAUACAAAGACAAUGCCACCUCCAACAGGGGGCGCUACUGUUGAGGCACAGCAGGACCCUGCAAACAAUGCAGACGCAGAUUCUCGCAUGUUCGACUCGGACGAUGACAAAAUGUUUCCUUCUUCUUCUUUAUCAUCUUUAAAUAACUCGUUUAUUGAAGACGACGGGGCUUCUUUAGGUGCCAAUAUGGUGCAUGUCUCCUCUUCCACUAAUCAUGCACACAACCAACAGCAAGCCCCUCCUAUAUCAUCGGCAGAGUCGGACAGUGCUCGCGAGCUGUUAGCUCAGAAUGCUAGCCUGAGUGUGCAGGAGCAGCACACCACCAAUGCACUGCUGGGUACAGUGUCGCGCUCGCUGGAGCUGCUGGCCGAGUCGGUGCAGCAGUUGGCCGAGACGCAGCAGGAGUUUGUGCGCGAGUCGCUGCAGCUGCAGCGGGAAACGGUACAGGUGCUACGGGAGUUUGCCUCAGGAGCGCUAACGCUGCUGCAUGAAAAGGUCAACGGGAAACCGCCACUGUUGUAGAGAGGUUAAAGUGCUGUCGCUUAUUACAACCUCAUGGCAGGAUGGGACUCGAGCUGGACUAGCUGUUAAAUAGAGGAGCUGUGCUGCUGUAGAUUAACCGCUGUGUCUUUAAAGGAGUAAUUUGAGGAAGAAUCAAAUAUACACCAUCACUGCAACCCUCAACUCACAUGUAGUGGUGAAGCAAAGACAUUGUGGUGGUGUAAUAAAAAAGUUUGCUUCUGGAGCUUCAAGAUGGGCAAAAUAAUGAUAUGAUGAUCGCACUAUGCUUUUUUUUAGCAUAUUGCUAGCAUUGCUAGUAUCUGUGGAACACUAAAAAUGCAUGGUUUGAAAAUGGUAUAGAAAGAGCAUUAAUUGUCCUGUUUUAAUUGGAUUCAGUGCAGGAUUGUGUGUGUGUGUGUCUGGCUUGUCAAACCUAAGAAAUGCAAAAAUUGUGAAACUGCAUUUGAGCAGGAUAUUACACUAUUACAUCUUCCCCACCCUUAAUAAUGCCAAUGGUUUGAGAUGUUUUCACACCUAUAGUUCAUUAGCUGUAGUCUGGAUCAGUUAAUCAGUUGGAGCAUUUACACCUUGGUUUGUUUUUUGUUCUUACAAAGAAACAAAGAUAUUUUUCACCUAAUCGUAUUAUGUGCACAUGUUUUCAUGUGCGCAUGUUCUCUCUGCAUAUUGGUCAGAGCUGUCUGCGGUGGAAAUAAUAAAAAAAAAAUACAGGUAGAAGGUCCUGUGUUCUGGACUUUGUGUUCAGUCUAAUGUGAAGCAACAGCAGAGACAUAUAGUAUUUAUUAGUAACUGUAGUAAUUAAAUGAGUUAUAUACUAGGUGAUAGCACCUGCAUAGCUCAUUCCACUAUAAACUCCAAUGUUAAUUUGGCUCUGGACCCAGACCACCACCACCUCUCAAUUGUUCUUGUUCAGUUGAUUUGCUCUGCACCUGAAGGUGAUUACUGUACCACACAAAGGAGAAAAAUAAACCAGAGUCUGAUUAAACCCAACUUAUACUUAACUUAUACAUUACAAUUCCAUUGUGUUCAGCCAUAAAGGAAUUGUUCAUGCGAAAAAUCCGGUUUGCCCACCAGGUGCCCCAGAUUUGAUCAGCUAAUCAGCCAACGCAUGUUUGAGUGCAGAUUUUGCUCCUAUAGUUUUCAGCUUAAUAUAAGAAACCACAUAAAUGUUAUUUUCUUAUUUAACAUUAUUUAGCAACUCCACAUCUUUUUAGAAAAGUUUUUUUGUUGGCCAGUUAGCACCAUGCUAUGUAAUGCUAAUUUUAAUAUCAAUUUCCUCGUGGCUCCACUGCUAAAACUAAAGAACUAAUCUUCUCACACCAAACACGACUCGUCUGAUUAGCUACAUUCAGAGUAAAAGUCUUUUCUUUCAGUCUGCCUCUAUAACCCUUUAGGAUCUACUCUGUUUGACAGCUCCACUUUUUUGUUUUUAGAUGUUUUGGAAUGGAAAUUUAAUGACUGGAAAUCAGGACUCUAAUGAGCCAUAUAAUGUGUUCUGUACUGUUGCUAAUGUUUAUGGGCACUUUUAUAAAAAAAAAAAAAAAAAAAAACUACUUUGUUUUCUUGUCCAUAAUACAAAUUGUCAAAUUCACUUGUUUAAAUGACAGCUGUUUUGUUAAUUGAGGAGAAGUGGUUCUUUUGCAAAUCGCCAUUUGUUUAUUUUUUGUGUCAUAUAUAUAUAGCUAACAAAUUCACAGGCUGUAGGAUUGUUAAAUAUGUAAAUAAAAUGCCACAAUUUUAUAAUA